AUGCUGUCUCCGUCGUCUAUGAAGCCUUCAGCUCCGUCAGCAUCUCUUCUUCGGUUUCUGCGAUCACAAUCCGAUUCCUUUUUCUUCACAGCCAACCCAACUACUUGCGGACGAUCUCUCAAUAAUGAUCCCCAGCUUCAUCAUCAGCAUCACGCCUUUUCGCUAAGCAGGACGUCGGAAUGGACGCAUAUAAAUCCUGCACCAUGCCGUGCAAGCCUGGAAUCAUGCUUGUUACCCUUUCCGGGCCUCUCGACUAGAACUCGCGGUACUUUACGAUGUCGGGCGUCGCUGGCUCAACGCUCUUCACCGAGUCCGUUUUUCCUCCCUAAUGCGCAGUCUACGCGCGCAUCAUCCACCAAGAGCAAGAGCUUGUGGCGUAGGCUCUUUGACUUCAAGCGAAACAAAGCUGCCGAAUCUAAAUCAUAUCUCCGCCAGCCACCUGCACUGAUCAAUGACGGAACGGAGGGAAGCUUUAAUAUUGGCCGCGGAUUAGUGGCAAAGGCAUCUAAUGAGCCGCGCCUGCGAUGUACUGAAUUCGACAGCACUGGGAAUGUGACUCUAGUAAAUGGCGAAUUCAAGAAAAGUGAGCUGAUUGCCAAGUAUGGUCUCCUGCCUCGGGACUUGCGAAAAAUCGACUCGUCUACUCUGCCUCAUAUCUUAGUGCGACCGCGCGCCAUUCUCAUCAAUCUCCUACACCUCCGAGUCUUGAUCAAGGCUGAUCGCGUUCUCGUGUUCGAUGCGUACGGAUCCACGGACUCAUACAUGCAGUCCCUAUUUGUGUAUGACCUUGAAGGAAAGCUACAACAGAAACAAGGGCAGACUGCGGGUGCGUUGCCUUACGAAUUCCGAGCGCUGGAAGCGGUCUUGAUCAGUGUCACAAGUGGCCUGGAGGAGGAAUUCAACGGUGUCAGAGAUCCAGUUGUGAGCGUGCUUAGGGCUCUGGAAGAGGACAUUGACCGCGACAAGCUCCGUCAUCUGCUUAUUUACUCCAAGAAACUCGGCACGUUCGAACAAAAGGCUCGCCUCGUGCGUGAUGCGAUCGACGACCUGCUGGAGGCUGACGACGACCUGGCCGCAAUGUAUCUUACUGAGAACUCGAAGGGUGUCCGACGCGAGGAACACGAACAUCAAGAAGUCGAGAUGCUACUGGAGUCAUACCACAAAGUUUGCGACGAAAUUGUGCAGGCCAGCGGCAACUUGGUGACUGGAAUCCGCAAUACCGAGGAAGUCGUUAAAGCCAUCCUGGAUGCCAAUCGCAACUCCCUCAUGCUUCUGGACCUCAAAUUCAGCAUCGGAACGCUCGGACUCGCAACCGGAACCCUGUUUUCCGCACUUUACGGAAUGAACUUGAAGAAUUUCAUCGAAGAGUCGGACUUGGGUUUUGGCGCCGUGUCCGUUACAUGCUUUGCCAUUACGAUUGUUGUCUGUGUCUAUGGGCUCGCCAAACUGCGCAAGCUUCAGCGUGUCCGCAUGUGGGGCGAAUCCGGCGUCGGCGGUGCAUCCAUGGUUUCUCUCCCUACCAGAGGCGGCGCGCUCGCCAGCCAUCGGCCAAAUUGGCGCGCGGACACCGUUGAGCCUGUCUGGGGCAGUCUCCCUGGUGAAGGGCGCGUGGAGAGGAUCAAGCGUAUCAAAGACAAUGCAGCUGCAGCUGCAGCCCGAUCUGCAACCCUUAAGGGUGCUAAUGUGCCCCCAACGUCGUCCGGAGAAGCUACCAAGCAGUCAGAGAGUUCUUAG